AUGGUGGUCCUCGCAGCGACAAUAUGCACACGAGGCGGCAAGGCCGUCCUCUCGCGCCAGUUUCGAGAGAUGCAGCGCUCGCGCAUCGAAGCCCUCCUCGCGUCCUUUCCUAAGCUUGCGGACAGCAAUACUCAGCACACCACCUGCGAACAGGACAACGUGCGCUACGUUUACCAGCCCUUGGACGAGCUGUACAUGGUGCUGAUUACCAACCUGCAAUCCAACAUCCUACAGGACAUCAACUCGCUACACCUAUUUGCCCAGGUCGUUUCCUCGACCUGCAAGUCUCUCGACGAGCGCGAGAUCCUCAGGAAUGCUUUUGAGCUUCUGACCGCCUUUGAUGAGAUCGUCACAUUGGGAUACAGGGAGAACCUCACUAUGAGCCAGAUCAAGACAUUCUUGGAUAUGGAGUCGCACGAGGAGCGCAUCCAGGAAAUCAUUGCACGAAACAAAGAGCUCGAAGCCUCCGAGGAGCGCAAACGCAGGGCCAAGCAGUUGGAAAUGCAGCGCAAGGAGAUGUCAAGAUCCCAGCGUGCCGGCGGGGCUGGAGGCAUGGGAGGCGGAAUGGGCAGCGGCAUGGGGGGUGGCAUGGGUCGCCAGUCCUCGUACCCGGCCUUCACACCCAGUGCACCUGUGCAGACAGUUCCAGAUACAUAUGACAGCUACGAGGCAUCGAAGAAAGCACCGGCCAAGCCACUGGCGCUGGGUAAGAAGGGUAUGCAGCUCGGCAAGAAGAACAAGGCCAACAGCGCAUUCGACCAGAUCGCCGGAGACCUGCCACCAGAGAGCGAACCUCUGGUGGCACCCAAGGCCUCAGCACCCAUCGCUGCAGCCCCCGCAAGCGCACACCAGCCGACCUCUACUGAUCGCGAAGCCAUCCACAUCACCACCACCGAGACCAUCUCCGCACGACUUGAUCGCGAAGGUCUGCUCAAGUCUUUUGAGGUCAAGGGUGAGAUGCAGCUUAAGAUUACCGACGCAUCUCUUACACAAGUCAAGUUGGACCUUCAGACUGGCGACACACGGGGCGCGCAGCUGAUGACCCACCCCAAGGUCGACAAGACUGUCUUCAGGAACGACAAAGUUCUCCAGCUCGCGGACACCACAAAGGGCUUUCCCUCCAAUAUGGGUAUUGGCGUGAUGAAGUGGAAGCUUGCACCACGGCCCGACGAUGUCUCGGACCCGCCCAUCACUUUCCGCGUUUGGGUCGAGGAGUCUGGCAGUACAUUCAAUAUUACUGUUGAGUACGAGCUUACCGGUAGUGACUCCCUCAAAGACGUCACGGUCACCAUCCCUUACGAGAGCAACGAGCCAAAUGUCGGCUCAUUCGAUGCGGUGUAUGAGGUCAGUGGCGACAGCAUCGAGUGGAACAUUGGUGCCGUCGAUGAGAGCAACAGCUCUGGCAGUUUUGAAUUCGAGGCGCAGGCCAGUGACGAUUCGGAAUUUUUCCCUAUGCGCGUAAGGUUCAACAAGAGCACGCCGUUUGUCGACAUUGACGUCUCUAAUGUUACUCUUCUGUCCAUGAAUCAGGACGUCAGCUUCACUAAGGACGUCAACUCUACCGCCGAUGUGUACGAGAUCGUAUGA